UCAGGUGUGAAAUCAUAAGGGGUGGCAUGAAAGAAUACCUCACUCCGAUGGGCCCCACUCCCCUACAUGUCAACCCAAUAUUCGAGAUAGGCCCCGUUGAGCCAAGGUUCUCAGAAUGGUUGGUAUUUGAAGGCAUUAGUGUGGACGAAAGUGGGAGACAACACUUCCUCGAUGCCAGUGUCGCUUACAAACGUGCAGUGCUCAACGCAAUUGACUACCUGUCCAGAUUUGGGUACUCUAAAGAACAGGCUUAUCUUCUACUGUCAUGCUGUCCCUGUGAAGGAAGGAUUUCAGGAAUNAGGUUGCUUUUGAAAGAUUUUGAGGGAUAUUUGUCCAAAAACCAACAAAGUUCCAAUUGGGCCUCAGCUUUGGAUGAUAAAACUGCCAAUAUAGUGUCUGAUGCAGAAAAUGACCUAUUGGCUGUUGGAAACAUGACCAUCUACAAAAAGAAUGUUGGGAAGAUCAUCAGAAGCCAAUUCUUCUCUUAG